CCCGCCCCCGCCGGGCUCGGCUCGCACCGCCGGUUCCGCUUUACAUAACGGCGCGGGCCGGCAUGGGCUCGGGGCCCCGCGUCCGCCCCGCCGGCCGCCCGCACUGUCGCGGCCCGCGGUGGCCAGGGCGGCGGCCCGGGGGCGCCUCGUCUCGCGACUGUCAAGCGCCGGCGGCGGAAAUGAGGCGGCGCCGGCCCUUCGCGGAGCCCGGGCUUCCUGCCUGAGCCGCCGCCGCCGCCGCCGCGGGGCCCGGGCGCGGGGCCACCAUGGGCCGGCCGGGCCCCGAGCGCCUCUCCCGCAGCCCGGCCGCCCCAGCUCGGUCUCCGCCAUGAACGGGCCCAGCCUGCAGCCCGCCUCGGCCUCGCCCGCGCCCGCGGCCCCGCCGGCGGCCCCGUGCCCGCGCGGCUGGAGCGACUUCUGCGAGCUGCACGCGGUGGCCACGGCGCGGGAGCUGGCGCGCCAGUACUGGGCGUUCGCGCGCGCGCACCCGCAGCAGGCGCCGCUGCGCGCCGAGCUGGUGUCGCUGCACUUCGCCGACCUGUUCCAGCGCUACUUCUGCCGCGAGGUGCGCGACGCGCGCCCGCCGCGGGCCCCCGCGCGCGACUACCGGGACACGGGCCGCGAGCCGGGCCCCGCGCGCGGCCUGCCCAAGGCGCGCAGCAGCGAGGAGCUGGCCCCGCCGCGGCCCGCGCCCUGCGCGCUGCAGCACCUGCGCCGCGGCCUGCGCCACCUGUUCCGCCGCCGCUCGGCCGGGGAGCUGCCGCCCGCGGGGGACGCGCCCGACGCCGCGCGGCCCGGCCCGGCGCGCAAGCUCCUGCCCUGGGGCCUGGCGCGGGAGCCGCCGGCCGAGGCGCUCAAGGAGGCGGCGCUGCGCUACAGCCUGGCCGACGAGGCGGCCAUGGACAGCGGCGCGCGCUGGCAGCGGGGGCGCCUGGCCCUGCGGCGCGCGGGGGGCCCCGACGCCGCCGCCGCCGCCGAGCGCGUGCUGGAGCUCUUCGACCCGCCCAAGAGCUCCAAGCCCAGGAUCCAGGCGGCCUGCUCCAGCAUCCAGGAAGUCCGCCGCUGCACGCGCCUCGAGAUGCCCGACAACCUCUACACCUUUGUGCUGAAGGUCAGAGACCGGACGGACAUCAUCUUUGAGGUGGGGGACGAGCAGCAGCUGAAUUCGUGGAUGGCUGAGCUUCGGGAAUGCACAGGCCAAGGGCCGGAGAGCGCCGAUGCAGAGACGCAGCCCACAGCCCCGGAGCUCGGCCCGGCUAGUUCCCCCGGGGGCAGCACGGACUCCCUGAACCAAGGCGCCUCUCCUGGGGGGCUCCUGGACCCAGCCUGCCAGAAAACCGAGCACUUCCUGGCCUGCUACCCCUGGUUCCACGGCCCCAUCUCCCGCGUGAAGGCGGCCCAGCUGGUCCAGCUGCAGGGCCCCGACGCGCACGGCGUGUUCCUGGUGCGGCAGAGCGAAACGCGGCGAGGGGAGUACGUGCUCACCUUCAACUUCCAGGGCAUCGCCAAGCACCUGCGCCUGUCCCUGACGGAGCGUGGCCAGUGCCGGGUGCAGCACCUGCACUUCCCCUCGGUCGUGGCCAUGCUGCGCCACUUCCAGAGCUCCCCCAUCCCCCUUGAGUGCGGCGGCGCCUGCGACGUCCGGCUGUCCAGCUACGUGGUGGUCGUCUCACAGCCUGCAGGUUCCUGCAGCACCGUCCUGUUCCCCUUCUCCCUCUCGCGCUGGGACUCGGAGCUGGGCCUGCCCCACCUCGGCGCCGAGACUCCGCCCGGCCGCGCCUCCCCCCCAGAGCAGAUCUUCCACCUGGUGCCUUCGCCCGAGGAACUGGCCCACAGCCUGCGGCACCUGGAGCCCGAGCCUGCCGGCCGCGCCCGGGACUCCGACUACGAGAUGGACUCCCCGUCCCGGAGCCACCUGCGGGCCAUCGACAACCAGUACACGCCCCUCUGAGGGCCUCCGCUGCCCAGCGAGGGACCUGAGAAUGUAACUUUCCUUCCUUCCUUCCAGAGAGAGAUGGAGGAACACUGGGAACUGCCCGGCCAGUCUGGAGGCGCCCCUGUUGGGCCUGUUGAAGGGCCUCCUAUCCGUGCCCCCCGCCCUGGCUCCUAUUGUUUACAGAGGUAGUUUUGGUUCGCAGCUCCCGCUGGCGCCUGCCUGGGUCCCUGGGAGCAGAGCCGGCAGUGGAGACGCGUUUUCCUUUUCACUGACGCCGUCACAGCUAAGGACAGACUCUCUACUGGGGGCAGGGGGUGGGGCAAUCAGGAAGCCCCAAAACACUAACAAGCCUGGAUUCUCCCGGUUUCCCACUGUAGCGUAAGCUCAUGAGGCUGGCCACCGGGAGACGCCUGUCCCGCGUCCACUCCCAGCUAGGACCAUGCUCUGGUCAAAAACAUUUUAAACAUUUUACCUCAGAUUAACUUUUUAAAAGGAUUCAGGUUUCAAAACUAAACCAUUGCUUCUCCUCGUACUGUUGAACUAAUUGCCCCCCCCCCCCCCCCCCCGCAGCGUGUGGCAUCCAAGACAGCUGUGCAGACCCUACCUGACUAGCCCCACUCCCCUUGUCCCAACACAGUCCGUGUGGCCCCACCAGGGGCAGUCGGGCCCACCCUGGUGCCUUACGAACAGAGUCUGAUCUUGCUUGACAGCAGCGUUCUGACAAGAGUGUAACUAAGGGACGAGAUGAGAUGUGCGGCCGGAGAAGAAGCUUCUUUGGGCCUCCCUGGUAAACCUUUGAACAGGGCUGGUGCGGACGCCUACGAGCGUCUGCGUCGAUCACACAGUAGGUUGGAGGCUCUGGGAAUCGACCACAGCCAAAGAGAACCCCCUUUACUAGCCCACAAUUGGGGUCCUGUUGCAGCUGGCCACUGCUCUGUUGGAGGAACCUAUGUGCUGCGGGGGGCACAACCUCCGUCCCCGCCAUCCAGGCGCCCGGCAGUGAAGUCUCCAUGUAUACUCGCAAUUCAGAGCAGUUGGCUCCUGAAACUUCAGGGAGGAGGUUGAGAAACAAGGGGUGCAGUGACAAGAGCGACUCUCACGACCCAGCUGGCAGCCUCACUGUAGUGGCUUCUAGGAAACUGGGCGUUCUGCGCAGCUAACCAUUGAUACCACAUCACUCACAGACUGAAACCUGGCGCACUGCCUUACGGGGGCGAGGGUUCGCGCUUUCCCUUCACCAGCCAUUCUGUGUGCUCCGCGAGGUCAGUCUCACAGAAUUUUCUGAGAGAGCUUUUGGAGGAGGGGGCAAGUGGCCACCUCCUCACCACUUCCAGCCUUCAACGUGGCUGACCGAUGUUCAGUCCCUGCCACCGCAUAGGGUUCCCCACGCACCACUGGGUGUGGCCCAAAAACGUAACAGAAAGCCCCCAAGAGUCUGUUUAGGUUCGAGAGCAGAGCCAGCCCUGAGCUGAACGCGCAGUCCAUUCUUAAGGGUGUGCUGUCCUACCCCUCGAGAGAUCGCCUGGGACGUUUGUCCCCACACGUCACGCAGAUUUCUCUAGGCCACGAAUGCUGAUAUCAGCAUGCGAGCUCGAGCAUGUGCGUCCCUUGCAUGUGGCUGACUGGGCUGGCAUCCCUAAGCUCCUCAGCCCCUGAACUUGAGAGAGCACAUUUGCCAAGGCCAACCGGGCAGUCAAGUGAGUCUGCUUCCUCCCAGCCAAGGGUCCGCCUUUCCUGGGGCUUCUUAAUAUUCGGUUAGCAGGUAGUGGCGAGUGGCCACAGAGCCAGGCACAGUCAAGUAGCAGGUGCGACCCACUAUCUACGGAGUGCCACUGCAGGCUUGGAGCACCGGAAGUCACUGUUUCACAGUUCAAAUACAUUCCAACAGAAAGUGUGGCCUGAGAAGCGACACUAACUUUUCUGCUAGAGCAGCUGGAGGGAGCUUUGGGACCUGUGUGUGCUGCCCUCACGGGUAGGGACCAAGGUGGCAAGCUACCUUGUCUGGAUGCCAGUGCCACUGACUCCAGCUUAAGAAGAGCUCGAGCACUCCCAGCACCGUCACUUCCUUUGUCUGACUUUAAUGAACUUUCAUAAACUAACAGUCACCAGCACCAAAGAAUCAAGUCAACAGAAUUAAGUCAACUAACCUGCCUUGAAUUUGAGACCAGCAAUCCAUAUUGCUUUAUCUGGUGUGAUCUUCUGCCUUUGAUCAUUUCUGGACCAUGUAGGACAAGGGAAUAGCAAUUGUUAAGAUCUUGGGCCAGAGAACACUAUUUUACAUAGAUAGCAGUUCCUUUAUAUAUAAAUCAAGGCCUUGAAUUCUUAUGGGUUGCCUGAGCGUCCUUCAUGCUUUAUUCAGGGUGCAGUUUCCUAUCGCAAACAUCAUGUAAGCUGUAACAUUCCUCACAGGCUAGAGGAACUUGGUGGUCUAGUACAUGCUGCCUCUUUCUAAGGAUACAUCUGACAUCUAAUGUGUCAUAGAAGCACAUUACAAUGACAACACGGAAGGCGGAUCCAUCUUGUAUUAUAUCCUUAUAGGCAGAAGGCAUUUUGCAAAUUUUAUGUAUUGUUUAUGUACUGUACAAGUAACUUAUUCUUGAACAAUGCAAAUUUUGCUAUAAUGUACAAAUUGCUACAUGUGAAUUAAAAGUUUUCAGACUCUUGA